CUGAUAGCCAGUAGUUGUUAACGAUGUGGCCGGGACUGAUCGUGGUUUUUAUUGGCGCGGUGUGUGCGGAGAACGCGUUGGUGGCGGAGUUGUCGAGUGACCCCAACUCCCGCAUCAUCGGCGGCGCGCCCACCACCAUCGAGAAAUACCCCUUCAUCGUGCAGGUGCUGUACCAGGGUCAGCUGGCGUGCGGCGGGUCGCUGCUGUCGGCGCAUCACGUGCUGACGGCCGCGCAUUGCUUCGUCGCCGCCGACGGCACCGUCGUCAGCCCCGCGCUGUUCUCUGUUAGAGUCGGCUCCGCGCGACUGGGCAUAGACGGCACCGUACAUGCGGUAUCGGCGCUAGUCCUGCACGAGCGGUACAACUCGCCGGCGCGCGACAACGACGUCGCGGUGAUGACGCUGGCGACGGCGGCGAUGCUGUCGUCGCGGGUGCAGCUCGCGUACAUCCCCGUGCAGGGCGCUGUGGUGCCCGAGAAUGCGACGCUCACGCAGCUCGGCUGGGGGAAGACUAGCACGAGCAGUGACGCUACAGCAUCAGAGGUGCUCAACGCGGUGGACAUCCGCAAGGUGAACCGCAGCGUGUGCGCGGCGCGGUACGAGUACCUCGCGUCUGUGGUACAGGAGCCCUUCCCCGUCACUGAGAAUAUGAUCUGCGCGGGGCUACUCGAUGUUGGCGGCAAGGAUGCGUGCCAGGGCGACAGCGGCGGUCCGCUGUUGUACGCGGGGGUGGUGGUGGGCGUGACGUCGUGGGGGUGGGGCUGCGCGCAGCCCACCUUCCCCGGCGUGAGCGCGCGCGUCUCGCAGUACACCACGUGGAUUAACGACACGGUUGCCGGCGUCGCUCAGUCCCGAGUGCCGUCAGCGGGCUACAGACAUUUAGGCCACAUAUUCAUCAUUGGCGCUAUCAUAUCGCUGUGGUGCUAGCUCACCUUUGUUCGUGAGCGCCUCCUCGAUGUAGAGGUCGGCGAGCAGGUCGGCGGCGCGCACGUCCCGCAGCAGGCGCGCGUCGGGCGUCGGGCCGGGG